AUGUCAUACGCUGGAGUUGGUCCGGUGGUCGAGAUCGACUCCAUCGGCGAAGAACCGCAUGUUAACGGCAGCCAAAAACGCACUCGAUCAGACGCAGACGACAAGACGGACUCGAAAAAAACCAGAGACCACAUAUCGCAAGAGUUGGAUGAACUGGGCGAUUUGACCCUCCGCGUUGGACCGGAGCAGUCAACCUUCAAAGUCUGCUCCAGAACCGUCGCGCGCGCAUCUCCGGUCUUCAUGAAAAUGCUCCACGGACGCUUCAAGGAGUCUCGCCCAGAGUCAAGCGACUGGAUCGUGGACCUGCCCGACGACGACACCGAAUCCAUGCAGAUCAUGCUGAACAUGAUGCACGCGCGCUUCGAUUGGGUGCCGCAGGGUAUCUCCAUACAAGAACUCUAUGAAAUGCUGGUUCUCGUUGAUAAGUACGACGCCCUCGACGUCGUUCGGCCGUGGGCUCGAGGAUGGGUCGAUGCUGUGAGCGACGACCUGGAUCAGCCAGCGCUACUUUGGGUCGCGUCGGAGUUGGGCGAUUCUGAGAUUUUUGGGAAGGUGGUCAUGGAUAUUGCGACAAAGUGGACGGUUGACUUGGACGGCGCCAUCAUCCCUCGUCCUCCUCCUUUUGAGAGAACAAGUCCUGUGACUCUGGACUUUAUGAGAAUUCUGAAGGCAUCAGAGCUGGCUGAAAUCAUCAAUCAUGCUCGCAAAGAACUGCUGAUGUUGGAACUUCUUCCAUAUUGGUCUGUUAUUCAGGAAAUCCACACCGGUGGUUACACGCAAAGACUCAUUGAUCCAGAAAUGAUGGAUGGAGAAAUGUGUCUCGAAUAUGCCAACGACCACUACGAUUGUGGCGCAACCCUACUAUCCCGCCUAUUGAAUGGUUUCCAUAGACUCGAUAGGCAGGAGCAACUUCCAGUUGGCAACGGCUUACAAGGCUCAGGUUUCGCCCACCACUACCGAAAGACGGUUCCAGAUCUAGUUAUUCCAAUUGGUCAAACCCCCUACAAUUCUUCCAUCACGAAGCAUGUUGAGAACUUGCCAGUCACCGUCAAUCUGAUAGCCGCUGCUGGUUGUGAAAACAUGCUUUUAAGUCUCGUCACUGAGCUAGCAGGGGCUAGCUUGCUGGCCCCCGCGGCAGUCGGAGCAAGCUCAGUAGACGGCGGAGAGAUUCUGCGGAGAUUCUAG